GAUGAUGAUGAUGAUGGGCACUAACAUUGAAUGCACGCGCAUACAGGUAAUUCAUUCUGAUUGCGCGUGCUUUGAGCGCACUCUCCUCAACCCUAUAUCCUUCCUCCGGCGACCGCCCUAAUGAAAAAUUAAUAGCCCCCAUCACGUGACCACGACUCUGCCUCACCCUCCCACCACCACUACCAGUCGGUCCCGUAACGCGCUCCUCGAGCCCCCAAAAGCGGACUGGAUGCGACAGAAGGUGCUCGCGUUUCCCGGCAUGCAUUGGGAAGCUGUCUAUUGAGGAAGCUGUGUGCACGGGGAGUCGUGACGCUUGGAAUCUCCUCCUCAUCCUCCUCAACCGAGAAUAUUUAUCUUAUCAUUAAUAAUAUUAAUAAUAAUAAUAAGAAGAAGAAUAAACCCGGACCGGACGCGUGACAGCCCUGAAUAACAGCUCCAAUCAACAUUACCGCCAUGAACUACUUGCGCCGGCGUCUGUCCGACAGCAGCUUUGUAGCCAACCUGCCCAAUGGCUACAUGAUGGACAUGCAGAGGCCGCCGGGUUCCAGCUGUUCCAGCAGCUCCACCAGUUCCCCGGCGUCCCCGGCGACGGAGAGGCGUCAGCAGCAGCAGCCUGCAGCACCAGCCGCGGGUCCGCCUCCUCAACCCUCUUCCUCCUCGGGCACAUUUCUCAGCUCUUUCUCCAGCGUGGUGAAGACGGCUCAGAUCGCCAGCGCCGUCCAUGCCAAAGCUGCUGCUCAUGGGGAAAACAGCUCCGCAGCAGCCACCGGCACGGCUCCGGCCAAGCCUGUGAUCCGCAAGCCCAAAGUCCUGCUCGUCAUCGAUGAUGCACACACAGAUUGGGCAAAGUAUUUCCGAGGGAGGAAGCUGAACGGGGAAUACGAGAUCCGUGUGGAACAGGCCGAGUUUUCCGAGAUCAACGUGUCGUCCACCGUGAGCGCCGGCUGCGUGGUCGAUAUGCAGGUCACACGAGGUGGCACCAAAGUUGUCAGGUCCUUCAAACCAGAUUUCAUUCUGAUUCGCCAGCACGCCUACAGCAUGACUCCAGGAGAAGACUUCAGAAGCCUUGUGAUUGGUCUGCAGUAUGGCAGUGUGCAGAGCAUCAACUCCCUGCACUCCAUCUACAACUUCUGUAGCAAGCCCUGGGUUUUCGCUCAAAUGAUCAAACUCUACCAUGACUUGGGUCCGGAGAAAUUCCCCCUGAACGAGCAAAUGUUCUUCCCCGACCACACACAGAUGAUGCCCACACCGUCAUUUCCUGUUGUAGUGAAGAUGGGGCAUGCCCACGCCGGCAUGGGAAAGAUCAAGGUGGAGAAUUCGGCCGACUUCCAGGACAUCACCAGCGUGGUGGCUCUCACCAAGACCUACGCCACGGCCGAGCCUUUUGUCGACUCCAAGUACGACAUCCGGAUCCAGAAAAUCGGCAGCAACUACAAAGCGUACAUGAGAACCUCCAUUUCGGGGAACUGGAAGGCCAACACUGGGUCUGCUAUGCUGGAGCAGAUCGCCAUGACAGAUAGGUACCGUCUCUGGGUGGACUCGUGUGCUGAGAUGUUCGGAGGCUUGGAAAUCUGCGCGGUGAAGGCCGUUCAUGGAAAAGAUGGCAAAGAUUAUAUUAUCGAGGUGAUGGACAGUUCCAUGCCUCUGAUUGGUGAACAUGUGGAGGAGGACAAGCAGCUCAUCGCCGAUCUGGUCCUCAACAAGAUGACCUUUGCUCUACUUGGCGUCACGUCUCCUCAAUCAUCUAAUGGCAAGGCACAGCCCGGUCCUCAGACGACUCAACCCAAACGAGUUCAAGGAGGUCCCCAAUCAGGCUCGGCCUCACCAUCUCAGUCUGCACAGGGUUCUCCACAGCGAGCCCGCUCCGCCAACACUUCUCCCAGCCAAGCCUUCCAGCCCGGCCCAAUCCCAGCAUCCUCCUCUCAGAAACAAGCACCACAGCUCAACAAGUCGCAGUCUCUCACCAACACCUUCACAGAGACGCUGAGAGGAAACCCGACAGACGAUGAGGCCAAAGCCGAGACCAUCCGCAGCCUCCGCCAGUCGUUUGCCAGCCUGUUCUCCGACUAGCGCUCUUGCUCGUGAAGGUCAGGGGAACCAAAGCGCCCGAGGAGGACGCGCAGAAGAUCCACGUCUCUAGCUCUCAACUGUUUGUGAUCCUUUUCAAUCCCGCAUUCAUUCCCUUCGUCUUUCCCGAGAUCCUCUUUUUUUUUUUUUUUUUUUUUUGACCGUCAUUUAAAAUAACCACAAGCACCGUCCAGCCAAAAGUUUGCGGACACCCGAGCGUAAGAUUCGUCCUUUUUUUUUAAAAACAUCCCAUUCCACAUUUAGUCUUCAUUUGUCGUUAUAAUAAUCUCCACUCUUCUGGGAAGGUGUUCGACCAGAUUUUCCAAAAAUUUGUGCUCAUUGUCUCGCGUCAAGCACGAAAAAUUCCUCCCGAAGGUGUCCAAUGGGGUUUAUAGCUCUAGAUCAGAAAGAUCUUCCACUCCAUUCAGAUCUCCAGGAAAGUCCAAAGACAUCCUACGCAAUUGAGCAGCUCCAAAAAAAAUAAAAAAUUGAAAUAAAAAAGUUUGUGGAAGAACCACACCCGGGUGUCCCAAUACUUUUGGUCGGAAUCUCUUGUCAUCUUGUAGAUUUCAGUUUCUGUUUAUGGUUCCUCAGUUCCAGUUCUGCAGGUUUUGAAAAGACAUUUGGAGCCGUUUCUCGACUCUCAGACUCUUGAUUCGAUUCGCAGGUUGACUCUGUGAGUCCGAAUCGUGGAAAUUAUCCAGAUUGUGGACCUCCUGGACUGGAACUGGGGCUAAAAUCAUGGAAGGACUUCCUGUGGACUCAUCAAUUUGUAACAGUGUAAAAAAAAAAAACAGUGUAUAUAUAUAUAUAUAUAUAUAUAUAUAUAUAUAUAUAUAUAUAUAUAUAUAUAUAUAUAUAUAUAUAUAUAUAACCCCGAAAUCACAUUAAUUACUGAACUAAAUAUUUGUGGCAGCACGGGUGUGGUCAAGGGGCGGAGCCAAAGGAGCUGAGCGGUAAGUACAAACACCUAUGUGUAAUCAGGAAGUCACCUCCCUCCACUCUCCACACCGACACCAGACCACAGGAUUGAAGAAAAUUACACACAGGUGUUUGAUCCUCACUAUUCUUUCCCUCCGCUACCCGGACCACGCCCUUCGGUUUAUCAAAUAUGAUCGAUGAGGACCACUCCCUUCGUUUUAGCAAAUAUGAUCGAUGAUUCAUGUUUUAUUAUCACCAGCCAAUUUGUUCAUAUUUUUUCAUUUAAAAAACCCAGAUCAGUCUUCCAUAAAAAAACAAAAACAAAUCCGAUCUAUCUUCCCUUCACGAGUGACGUGCGCUCGACAGUGUACAGUUUCUGUAAAUACGGAUUUUGUUUCUCGGGUGUUUGGAAGAAUCUCCUCGUUGAGUCCCGUCUGAAAGCGAUCAGAUCAGUGAACUCGUUUACACGAGGCCUUGAUUUUCACAAACGAUCCAGAGUACUGUGUUGGGUGGGGGGGCGGUGCUAGGUGGUAGGGGCGGAGCCUGGUGUCAGAGGCGGAGCCUGGUGUUGGGGGGAUCACGUGCGUGAUUUAUUAGACUAAUUGAAUUGUUUCGAAAGGAAAGUAGACCUUAUGGAAAAGAGAUUUAAUGAAGAUGCUCUAAGAAGUUAAGGAGAAGCUCGUCUUGGGAAAACGAGCGGAAAAAAACGUGUGAACGUGCCUCCGAUUUCCGUAGAUUAAAUAUACACGUAGUUAUAUUAAUAUUCUAUAUACUUCCUUCGAUCAAUCAGUACAGUCAUUUGGUGAUGUAGUAAGUAUGGGGACGUGAACAUCAUCAGUAUUCCCAGUUUCGACUUCCCAUUUUCGAAUUUCCGAGUCGAACGCAGCAUUACGAUUACGCCAUCUUAUACACUUCAGGGUGGGAAAAAUCCCAUCUCAUAUACGCAAAUCUCCGUGUAUUCUCAACCCGCAUUGUGUUUUACACCCACACCCAAAACUAUUUGGACAAAAGAUCUGCUUUUUUUGAAGAUCCCAUUCCACAAGUAUUCCUCGUCCACUCUUCUGGGAAGAUCUCCCACUAGAUUUGUAGAGAUCGUGCAGCGAGUCAGGCACACUGAAGAUGUAGGCGAGGUCGAGGAGGCACAGUCAGCAUUUAAACUUCAUCUCAAAAGUGUUCAAUAGGGUUUAAAGCUCUAUAGAAGCCCACUCAAGAUCUUCCACUCCAAACCUGGAGCUUGGCUUUUGUGCACAUGUUCUCGCAUCCUGUACAAUUGUGUGAAUUUUGAUGUCUUUUUUUUCCCAAAGUAUAUCUACUGAAUAUCACACUGAGUCUGGAUCAGUGUUUCGGUUCGUUGUAAUGUACAGUAUUUCGUCACUUUCGUGGACCAAAAUUCUGUGUGUUUCGUGUAAAACAAAUUAAAAAACAAGACGAGGAAAAAAAAAAUAACGUCCACGUGCGACUCUCACGUGACGCGUCCGGGUUCCUCGCCUCUCCUCCAGCGUCUGAAGUGCGACGAAAAGCCAUAAAAUAGAAAGCGAGGAACUGGUGGUAUGCUGGGGGGUUUUUGUGUUCAGUAAUAUAAUCGAAAAAAAAUCAUCAUUUAUUCUUUCGACUGUAUUAAAAAAAAAGAAUUUAUUCCAAAAAAAAGAUUUAUAUCGAUCUUGCAUUUAUUUAUUUAUUUAUUUAAAACGAUUGAUUUUGAUGUAGUAGAUUUUGUGUCUUAUGGUUUUGUAUACGUCCCCCUUCGACUUUUCAUUUGACUUCGAUGUGAAAGAUUUUUAUUUUAUUGAUUUUAUCGUUUUUUUUUUUUUUUUUUUCUCGAACCUGAGCAUUAAACGCGGUUCGACGAAGUGAUUCGAUGUAAUAAAUGUCGAUCGAAUCCGCUGCGAAAUAGUUAUUCAGUAAAAUCUCAGUGCUCGGAGGAAGUGUGUGUGGAGCCUCACGGCAGGGUUCCGUUCCUUCACGCCGGUUUAUAGGCGGAAUUCCGACGGAAUUCUUUUAGUCAAACACACUGAUAUGAGUGUCAACACAACACAACAACACAACAACACAAAACAACAACCGUGCCAACGGUUGAUCGUAAAGCGGUCUGAGUCACUGAGUACACACACACACACACACACACACACACACACACACACACACACACACACACCUCCCUCAGUUGUAUAUGGUUGUGAUAUUGCAGUGUGUUAUGCAGUGUAGUGGUGUUACAGUAAAUGUGGCAUGGUUUGGACUCCUCUUUCUCUGGUGCCUCUGUAGUGAUGUUCUUCAUGUUCUUCAAUGUUCCUGAAUUGCUUGCGUGUGCGUGUGUGUGUGUGUGUGUGUGUGUGUGUGUGUGUGUAGCAUCCUGAAUGUGUGCGUUAUAGAAACCACAGGUCGUUUGGGUUUGGGAUUUUUGUUUCAUGGAAAUGCCAUAAAUAAAGUGUUUAAUAAAAAAAUUCUGUGGAUUUUGUUCCAUUCA